GUUGAACACGUACGCUCGCUGCUUAUUAUGCGAUUAGCUAGGUCAUUUACAAGCGCUUCUUACACCACACAGUAAGAGGCGUGGCUGCGGCCCUAUUCUCCAAUACAUAGCAGCAAUGCUUAACGACUGACAGAAGCACGAAUAAGUGAAAGGCUAUAGAGCGCUUAAACACUGCUAUACAUUCCUGUUUACUGAGCGGCGACGACGUGCUGCAUGGAAUAGUCGUAAGACGACGAACAAGCCCAGGCACCGCAACGGAGGCCCUGACCAGCGCAGUAGUAUAAGAGUAUUUGUCGUCUACUAAAAAUGGGGUUGUUAACCCUUUCUUGCGCCGUCACGCGCGAGUUGUUAGGUGCAGUCUUCGGACGCGGCACCUGCAAGACACCGCAAAACAAUCCUGUAGGCGUUUCCUACCAGCAGCUUACGCAGCUACAAGCGCGUUGCCUGUUGUCGGCUUGCGCUUUUUGGACGACAUUGACAGCUGUCGCCCUGCCAUCACUGCUUAUUUUCGGCCUCCUGGUCAUUCCAACCUGGAUCGCGGCGGAAAUCGUAUUCUUCGCCUGGUGGCUGCUUCUCUACCGCCGUCUCAACGCUCAACCCGUUCCUCACCGUCCAGCUCAGCAUGAAGACCCACGAAAAGUGUUUGACCGCUUCGUGAAUGAACAGGCAGCCCUGUCUCGCUACAUCGACAUCACGGAUAUGGUAUCUAGGUGGCAUUGGAACGUCCCAGCCUCGCAGCUAACUCGGGGAAACGUGGCAGACCUGCUCUGCUACGGCUUCUUCUACCGCUCCCAGCAGCAGCUGGCGGCCGAGGGGCAGCCAGACCUGCCGGACCAGCUGGUUUCGGAGAUUGAGGCCGCUUGGGGCGUGCGCUUCCCAGAGGGGCCCUACAAGCCGCUGCCCAUGAUGACCCACCUCUGGGAGCCCGUGCGGUGCUUCUACCGGCCGCUCAUCUUCUACGCGGGUGUGGAGCUGCUGAUGCUGCUGAAGCAUGUGAUGCUGCGGGCGGCGGGCUUCAAGGCCUAUACGAUGAACGGCAUGCGGUACUACACAUACGGCUUGCCCGUCCCCGGCAACACCUCCUGCUCCGCCACCACCACCACCUCACACUCCUCCACUGCCCCCACGUCUAAGUCCGCCAACUGCAACGGCUCUAGCUCCGCGCCCGAACCCACAUCCGCCGCCGCCGCCACGGCUGCAGCCUCCACCGCAUCGUCCGCUGCCACCGCACCCAUCCUGUUCCUGCACGGCGUAGGCUUGGGGCUUCUGCCGUACCUUAACUUCCUGUUGCGCCUGUCUUCCCUGCGGCGACCCGUCGUGGCAGUAGAGGUACGGCACCUCUCCAUGCGCGUGUGUACGGCAGUCCCGGAGGAGGACGAGGUGGUGGCGACCAUUGUGGAGGCGCUGGCGCGACACGAUGUACGGCAAGUACACGUGACGGGGCACUCGUACGGCACCUUCAUGGCGUCUCGGCUGGUGCAGCUGCACAAACCCAUGGUGGCGAGCUUGACGCUGCUGGACCCGGUUUGCUUCGUCAUGUUCUCCGGCAAGCUGAUCUACAACUUCGUCUACCGCAACCCCUCCGUGGGCGCCUCGCUGCUCACUUGGUUCAUCUCCCGCGACCUGUCGCACGCCACGUCCGUGAGCCGCCGCUUCUACUGGUCGCUGCUCAACCUGUGGCCCGACCAGCUGCCGCAGCACACGCUGGUGGCGCUGUCGGCGCAGGACGAGCUGGUGCCGGUGCAGGAGGUGCUGACCAUGCUGGAGUCCCGCCCCGCCACCCGCGUGCUGCUGCACCCCUCGCACCGCCACGCGGACUUCAUCAAGGACCUGCCCUGGCAGGCGCGCAUGGUGCAGGAGGUGGCGGAGCUGGUGCACGAGGCGGCGAUGGGGGCGGCGGCGGACGCGGCAGCGAAGGCUGCCAGCACCUCUGGCGUUGGAGGAGGAGGCGUGGAGGCCAAGGACGCGGAGGAGGGCCGCCUGGCUGCCAGCCACCACCACCACCACCCCGUACACCACCAGGAUAACUCCAUGCGGGUGCAGGGACCUGAGGAUGACGAGGAGGUGGAGGAGGCACAGAAGGAGGGCAAGGUGGGCGUGGAUGUGGCUGCCAGCGCGACUGUGACCGCCACCAUCACCACAGCAGCAGCCGCAUGCGCUGCCACUGGCAAGCAGCAGUGUGGUGGCGGCGACGCCGCCUCCACCGACGCUCCUAAGCCCGCAUGUAAGCCUGCAUGCAAGCAGCAGCAGCACUGCCCGGCGGCUAGCAAGGGGCGGCCCCAUGCGCAUCCCCACCAGCACCACAGCCGUAGCGACAGCGCCAGCUCCUAUGAGGUGGUUGCGGCCGGCGUGGGUUCCAGAGCCGGCAGCAUGGGCGGCAGUGGCGUGGGCGGUGGGCCCGUUACUGGUGGCAGCGGCCUGUUUGGAGGUGGCAUCCCCUCCGGCAAGAAGGUGGUAUAGCAGCUGGUGGUGCGGCUGCUGCUCCGAUGUGCAGGCAGCUAGGGGAAAUUAAUAGAAGAUACUAAGUGUUUAUGGUGAUAAGGUGUUUUUGCUGUUGGCAGUUAGCCAGGGGAGAUGGAGUAGCAUGCCGUGAUCACGUUUUCCUUGGUGCCUGAUUGGGUCGUGUGGAUACAUUUCUAGUAGGUAGGAUGGGGGGGCUCUAUUACUCGUGGUUCUAGGUAUCUAAGAGGUGCUGUUGAUGCCUUGAACCCAUGGUUGGGCGUUGUAUGUAUACAGGGCAGCGGCAGCGGCGAAUGCUGGGGUCAUGGGUGACCGCAGAAGUGAGCUAGGAUGAAGUGCGACAGAGAAUGAGCCAGGAAUGCUCGUGCAUGUUAUUCUAUAUUUAUGGUGCGGCCAGGGCGCGUUUGCGUGAUGCCGUUUCUUACUUGCACAGCCGUGACCGGGUUUGCGUCAAGGUUGCAUGCAAGCGAAUAGAGGUACUGUCAACCAUUUUGCGCGUCUGGUUACAAAUCACUAUAACCCCAUCUUCCGACGAAGCCCACGUUGUACUCUUUUUACCAAGACUGCAUGCAUACACUGCUCCCAUCGGAGCUGACUUUUGCAUCUAGCCGGAACGGCCUUUUAACGUUCUCCUCCAUACCUAUCUCUUUUAUUUCUUAUGAGCUGGCGAGCGUCGUAUUUGCCGUGCUUGAACCGUAAAUGGGGUCAAGCGCUGCGUGUGCUGGUCGCUGACGUUACAAUGAACGAACAUGUCUUGUGUCGUCCGUACGUGUCGUAGCAGGUUACCCGCUAGCUCUCGGUUGUAAGCCAGGGAAGCUGUCGGUGUGCCCUUCAGUCGUCAUGUGCUGACGCUUUAACUUUAGGCCCUCGUGUUCAGUAAGCCCCCGGAUGCGCUGGAUGCCUGGCCGGGUGGUUGGGUGUUGCACUCUUUGUCCGGCGACCAGCAUGCAUGCCCUAACAGUGGUCCAUUCCUG